AUGGCGCGAUGGCAAAGGGUGGCGGUGAUCGGAGCAGGGGUGGCCGGGCUUACAGCAGCUCGGGAGCUCCUACUCCAUGGCCACUCGGUGGUAAUCUUCGAAAGGGGCGACCGCUUGGGGGGUACUUGGGUGUACGACUCUCGAACUGAAUCCGACCCCAUUGGCCAAGAUCCUUCGAGGAACAUCGUUCACGGGAGUCUCUACCGAUCGCUUCGUACGAACCUCCCCCGUCAGAUCAUGGGCUUCCUCGAUUACCCCUUCCCAGGGCCCGAAAGGAGCUACGGCGACCCAAGGACCUUCCCAUCGCACGAGGAGGUCCUGGCCUUCAUCGAACAUUUCGCGCGGGACUCCGGGUUGGGCGACUCAGUGCGAUUGGGGGCGCAGGUGCUCCGGGUGGCGCAGCCGGGGCCGGAGGGGGAUUGGGUGGUUGAGUGGCGGGACUUAGCGUCGGGGUCGGUGGCGACGGAGACGUUCGGGGCGGUGGUGGUGUGCACCGGGCACACUACCCAACCGAGGUUGCCGGAUGUCCCAGGUAUGAUGUCGUCCGAACAGCCUUGCAGAUUAGUCUUUCCCACAAUUUAAUGCCUAGAAAAUGCCAGGGUGGUUCACCCAUGAUCGAGCAGAUCUCUUGAUCUGGGCGAUUAUCCCCUCCAGUUUUGUAAUAGAAAGCAUAAAACUCAGAGGUUUGUGACGAUGAGGAGCCCGAGGAAGACACGAGAUUUGGUGCUAUUUUUUUUCACUGAAAGGGACUCAACUAACAAUACUGCUGCGGCAGGCAUCGAGAGAUGGCGCGGGAAACAAAUCCACAGCCACAAUUACCGUAUUGCAGAAACUUUCAAGGAUCAGGUAUUCAAUCUCUGCUAUGGUCAUCACCAUGUCCCAUAUUACACGCCAAUUGGCUGUUCAGGAGGACGAGGUUGUUUGGUUUACAUAGUAGCUUUUCGUGGUGGUCGUCAAGCAAUCUUUGUGAGCAUGAUGUUGAGGUCUCUCCAUUUUUGUCUAGUUCUUAUGAAGAAUGGAGGUGCUUCUGGUAUUUGGAAUUCACGUGUAUAUUGUAAUCUAUCUGACUUACUGGCAAUUCUUCCCAAAUGUCAUGUGAACAGUCAUCUUGCUCUCUUAACAAGUAACUAUUUUAUUUUAUUCUCAGCAUGUAAUAUCCAUUUGGUACUAAUUUUUAAGUUUCAAUCAUUCUUUUCUAAUAUAGUGGCUCGACGAGAUUUUUAAACGGAAAGGUUCAAUAGUUUUUAGAUAAAGAUUAAAUAUUUCCAGCUAUUUCUAUGCUUGAUUAGACCCAAAGCUGGUAAUGUAGAAGUAUUGUUUUUUUUCCAAAGCUAGGCCAAAACAGAUAUUGUCUGUCGGAAUUGGCAAUUGAAUUUCAUAAGUCGAAUGUGAUCAUUUGCAUUGCGAUGGAAUGGAAGACAUUACAAUGCACACUUUUUCUCAAAAUUUAUACUAUAAGUGGAAAUUGUGGACAGGGUCAAUGUAAGCUAGGAGCUCUUGGAAAAUGAACCAUCAUUUCAUCGUCGAUUUUUUUCCUUUUACUUUAAAUGUGUGCUUGCAAUGCUUGAUAUUUUGGAUCACAAAGUCUCUAUAUGUUUAUUUCAGAUUGUUGUCAUAAUCGGAAAAGGUACGAGUGGUAUCGAUAUCUCGUUAGAAAUUUCGACAGUGGCCAAAGAGGUUCACAUAUCAUCAAGAUCAGAAGAUAAUGUCAUUAAACUCGACAGUCGUAGUAAUAUUUGGCUGCAUCCCACGGUAAACUGUCUUUCAACUGAAAAAAAUUUCGCAAUCAUGAUAAUUCAGAUAAAGUUAUCUUAGAUAUAUAAUGCAGAUAAAGUGCAUCUCUGAAGAUGGCUCUGUGAUUUUCCGGGAUGGGACUCCACUCACUGCGGAUGUCAUCUUGUACUGCACAGGGUAAUGCUGUUGAAUUCGUUUAAUUUUAUGCAAAUAUUAUUGUAAAUAAUAGUUCUGAUCAUCAGCUGACUUUGAAAAUGCAACGGACCUACCUUGUUUCUGGCAUCAUGACGCACUUCCGAUGCUUACUUUUAAUCUCUCUUCAUGAAACAUAUGCUUCCUGUAGGUAUGAGUAUCAGUUCCCUUUUCUGGAGGCUGGCAAGCUCAUUAGUGUCAACGACAACUGUGUUGGGCCUCUAUAUAAGCACGUUUUCCAUCCUCUUUGGGCUCCUUGGCUUUCUUUUGUUGGCAUAACCAAUAAGGUUAGUUUUUUCUUUUCUUCUUUUUUUUUUUUGGAUCUGUUCAAAACCCAACUGCCAAUGAUCCUCGUAUUCUUAGACUCCAAGAUCUAGUUCCUCUAUUCAGUGUGGGGGUUUGGCCAUACUUCUUGAUUGUUCUACAUCCUCGAGUAACAUUUCUUCUUUCACAUCAAAUCAGGCGAUUCCAUUCUUGCUUAUAGAGCUGCAAUCCAAGUGGGUAGCAAGCGUCCUAUCUGGCGGGGCCAAAUUGCCGGGAAAAGAGGAGAUGGUGGCUUCAGUGGAAGAAACGUACUCAUUCAUGGGGAAAUCAGGGGUUCCCAAGCGCCACGCUCAUGCACUAUAUCCUUAUCAGGUGUGUUUCAAACAGCCACCACAUGUUAUUAUAGAACUUGAACUGGGUGAUUGACGGGCUCUUCGACUGGGUUCUGGGCAGCCGGAAUACAAGGACUGGCUUGCUGCUGAGAUCGGCUUGGCCCCGCUAGACGACUGGAGGGAUCAGAUGUACCUUUCGGCGGUGGAGGGGAUACUUUCCCAUGAUGAUGCCUAUCGGGAUUCCUGGGACGAUGACUUCUGGCGUGAGAAAAUAGAAUCUGCAUCUCAGAGGGCUCGAUCUGUGUAUAUAUAA